CGCAGCAGACACGGGUGACGAGCAGCAACGAUCGUUUUUGGAGAGCGCGCCAGGGUUUCCCGAUCCUAAACCGUUCCAAGCCGAUUCCAACCGAUAGGUUACGAUACGACCCGAUUCGCUAGAGGAACAAAAGCCAGCGGAAGAUCAAAAGGCGCGCGCACGGAUCAGUGAAUGCGGUUAUAUCGGUCCCAAAUCCAUCGAUUUUUCGGUCGAGUUAAACUAAACCGAUAUAAUACAAAAUCCAAAAGCAUAGCAAAACCCAUUGUAGUGUCAUUAAAUCGUGUGUGCAGUUCCCGCUUCCCCAAUAAGGUGUGAUAAGUGCGUGAUAAUUUUCGAGGCAACCUAGCCAAGUGCGAUCGUUUUGGCCCGAAAAUGUGCUAAUCAGAUCUCAGUCUUGGUUCACGGCAUCGCAGCCCAAUGCUGCUCCGCACAACUGGCGCCAAUUUGUAUACAAAUUUCAUGCCUUAAUUGAAACUCACAUUAUAGCCAAGUGCGAAAAGUUAACGACUAGGCAACCACCGACAAUCGCCAGCAUCACUUAUCCAUCACAGCGAAUCCAACCAGAGAAAGUUUCACGGCGGAGUCGACAAACAGCGAACGACAAUUGCAAUUCUGGAGUUCUUCAAUCAACUGUCCACGGGCGAAAUGGACCCAGAGUCGCAGUGUCCGCAGUACGGCGAGGUGAACCAGCUGGGCGGCGUCUUCGUCAACGGUCGACCGCUGCCGAAUGCGACCAGGAUGCGGAUCGUGGAGCUGGCCCGUCUGGGCAUCCGACCCUGCGACAUAUCCCGCCAGCUGCGCGUGAGCCACGGCUGCGUGUCCAAGAUCCUGGCCAGGUACCACGAAACGGGCUCCAUACUGCCCGGGGCCAUAGGGGGCUCCAAGCCGCGGGUGACCACGCCCAAGGUGGUCAACUACAUCAGAGAGCUGAAGCAGCGCGAUCCGGGCAUCUUUGCCUGGGAGAUCCGUGACCGCCUGCUCAGCGAGGGCAUCUGCGACAAGACGAACGUGCCCAGUGUGAGCUCCAUCUCGCGGAUCCUGCGCAACAAGCUGGGCAGUCUGGGCGGUGGUCACCAGCAUGGACCACCUGGAGCGGUGAUGGGCAGUGGCAGCAGCAGUGGCGGCGGCAGUGUCUCCAGCAAUGGAGGUCAGAACAACGGAGGUGCUGCCAAUAACAAUAUCAACUUGGGAAAUCUGGCGAAUGCCGGCGGUGGACCACACCAUCCGCACCACCACCAUCAUCAUCAUCACCAGACGGCGGCAGCGGCGGCGGCCAGUGCCCAUCAUGUCCACGCCCAUGCCCAUGCCCACGCCCACCUGUACAACUCGAUUUACCAGCCGUACAGCGCUGCGGCAGCCUACAGCAUGAAGGCCGUGUCCUGCGGCAGUCCCUCGCCGCCGCAGGGAGCAGGGGGUGGUGGCCAGGGAUCAGGGCCCCAUCCGCACCAGCUCAGGAGUGUGGCCGCCGCCGCAGCAGCCGCCCACUGGCCCUCCUCCCACUCGGUCAGCGACAUUCUGGCCCACCACCAGGCGGUGGCGUUGCGGGCCAGCUGCCAAGUGGGCGGCAUGGUGGGUGGUGGCAUGGGCAGCACGGUGUCCCCGCUGCCCAUGACCCCAUCCCCUGUGGCGGGUACGGCCGGCGGUCAGACCCUGCUCGACUGCGAGGGCGGAGCCGGACAGCAGUCGCCGUACAACUACUACAUGUACUUCCAGAACGGCGGAAUGCAUCACCAUCAUCACCACGGCGGAAUGAUGGCCGCCGGAGCCACUGGGUUAUGAGUGCAUGGCUCUACUAGCAGGGGUUGGUUACGGGUUUAGCUACUCUUUCGAUCGCGGUGGUUCAGUCUAGGUUACUCUAGUGUAGUCUAAGCACUAUGGUCAUCAUAUCAUGGCACUCAUUUAUCACCCAAAAUAGUCAACGAUUAUAGUACUUCUGUUUAGUUUUCAGUUUCCUGGAAAUUCUUUUUGACUAAGCAGCUUGCAAAUAUUGGAAUGCGUCUAGGCAAAGGCAAAUAGAUAAAACGUUGUGAAAUAUGUCUCAAAGAUUAUUUAAACAAGCUCAAGGUUUGUCUAGUUACACAAAACAAAAUCGUUAUAAAAUAGCUUAACGAAAAUGUUGAAAGAAAAGUGAGUAGCUUUAAAAUGUUAACUACAGUGUACGAAAAAAGAAAGCAAACUUAAUUUGUUGUUGUUAAUUUAACAUUAUAAAGUAUAAAUAUUAUUACUACUAUUGUGUGAUAAGUGAAUGCCAUGAUCUAAGCCAUAUUUAUGUGAGUUGUGGACUGCUAGGACUCAGAACUGGCACUGUCCGCAUUUUUACAACGAAUUUCAUGUAAUCCAGGAGAUUUAUCUUUGCGUUCUCUUUUUUUAUGUUUCAUAUUGGAUUGUUUUCGCUUUGAGCUGGAGUUGAAAAGAUCAAGUUAAUUAAAAAAUAAACCUUUAUU